AGGCUGCUGGCUGCCUUUAUAAAAAGUUCUUCCAGUUUUACAUACUUCCUCAUUGAGCUAGUUUCACAGCAAAGAUGAAGAAGCUCAUUUACUUAGUCUUGUUUAAGACAGCUCUGCUUGCUUUUACAAAUGUUUCUGCACUUGCAGAUGAACAUACCGAAGGUGUUAAAGAAGGAAAAGCUAUUGAUGCUUGUCCUAUAAAGCUCAAAACCAAUGGGAAAUGUGAAGGAGAGGAAUGUCCAUAUCAGAUAAACCUGCCUCCGAUGACCAUCCAGUUACCUAAGCAGUUCAGACUGAUUGAGAAUACUCUCAAAGAAGUAAAAAAUCUUAAAGAUGAAGUAAACAAAUUGAAGAAAUCUUGCCAAGAUUGCAAGUUGCAGGCAGACGACAACCAAGAAAAAGUCAGUACUGAAUUCCUGGCACCUAAUAGAGAAGUCCCAACAGAGAACAGUAAGAUAGAAGAUAACAGAGUAAAGGAAUUACAGAUCAAAGUUAACAAACUGACAGCCAGUUUGCAGAAUGCAAAGAAGCAGAUCCACUUACUGCAGGGUAAUGUGGAAAAAAGAAGCCUCAUAAACAUGGACAACGUACAAAGUUACGUCGACAGCAAAGUAGCAAAUCUGACAUCUUUUUUGGAAAUUUUGGAUAACAGAUGUUCUUCUGAGUGUCCAGUCAUACAAUCAAGUUCUGCUAUACAACUAGUGCAGAGAGAUUGUGCUGAUUAUUACACAGCAGGUAUGAGGCAUAAUGGAAUCUACAGAGUUAUUCCAGAUCCAAAAAAUAGCAGCUUUGAGGUUUACUGUGACAUGGAAUCAAUGGGAGGUGGCUGGACAGUGCUACAGAUGCGUCAAGAUGGUAGCAUUAACUUCAACAGAACAUGGAAUGACUACAAAAAUGGCUUUGGAAAUCUCAGCGGGGAGUUUUGGCUGGGGAAUGAUAAAAUUCAUCUCCUGACCAAAAGCAAGGAUAUGCAGCUGAGAAUUGAGCUUGAAGAUUUCAAUGGUAUUCGACAGUAUGCUAAAUAUGAACAGUUCUAUGUAGCCAAUGAAUAUCUCAAGUACCGUCUAAGUGUCACUGGCUAUACUGGUACAGCUGGAGAUGCCCUGCACUUCAGUAAACAUUACAACCAUGAUCAAAAAUUCUUCUCUACCCCGGACAAAGACAAUGAUAAGUAUCUAUCAGGAAAUUGUGGGGCUUACUACAGCUCUGGUUGGUGGUUUGAUAAAUGUUUGUCUGCCAACCUAAAUGGCAAAUACUAUCGCCAAAAAUACAAAGGUAUUCGCAAUGGGAUUUUCUGGGGCACCUGGCAUGAUGUUUCUAAUGGUCUUCCAAAUGGUUAUAGGCAAGCUUUUAAACAGGUAAAAAUGAUGAUCAGACCCAAAGUCUUUGUGCCAUAAAUCCGCACCCUCUGCUGUAACCAGUUUGUAUUAGGUCAUACUAAAAUCAUGCUUACUCAGUAUCAUAUUCAAAAUACAAAUAUUGGAGUAUUUUAAUAUUCAGUCCUAAUAUAAUCCUUCCAAGAUGAAAGAAAUUGUCUCAACAUAAAAUGUUUGAUUCCUCCCUCAUGCCUUAUAAAGACAGUUUUAAUGGUUCAAAGUAGCUGUUGCUAAAACUUCAGCAUUGCUAAAUUCUGAAUUUGAAGGCAUUGAUGUUAAUGUUUCAGUUGUACUUUUACUAUCUGCAGCAUACCAGGUUUCUACAAUCUACAACUUUUUAAGGCUUCUACAAAGGUAGCUGAAUGAAAAUUCAUAUUUUUGCCUGAAAAUAUCUCAAACAUUUCUGAUUACAUAUAACCACUUUAGAUACCGAGUUUCAUCCUCUUAUAUGGAUCUCAUGAUAUCAUCUGUGUCUUCAUAAACAUUAAAGAUAGAUCAUCCCAACACCACCACGAACUAAGAAAGUGGUAUCCCAUUUUAAAAUGACUGAGGCAUUUCCUCAAAGUCACAAAGCAACAUCUGACAGAGUCAGGAACUGAAAACAGAUUUUCUGAGUCUCAGUCCAGCCCCUUGACCAAGAGACCAUCCAACCAAAUAUAGUGGCAGAGUUGAACAAAAGCAAAUGGAAAGGGUGUGUAGAGUAAGUAUGGAGUGAAACAGCACCUCCACAGCAUGUUUUCCCCCAAGCUGUUUGCUUCGAAACCGUGCUUUUUGCUUCUUUGAUGAAGGAAUGUCAACAGCUACACAGCUUGUCAGGGAGCUAUGCUAGCAGGGCUGGAGCAGGAAGCAUCAGAAAGGAUUGAGUUCUUGUACUGCUGCCUCCAGAUCUACAGAGAGAGUGUCUGGUUCCCUUAGAGCCUAAAACCCUGUGGUUUCACACCCAAAUCUCCCUUCCUCUGCAUCCUCUAUUCAAGGUGAACUUUAUGAGGUUGCAGGGAUUCAAACUUAAUUUUUUUAACUUGUCAGAACUUUUUAUGUAUCAUCAGGAAAAAGAUUAUGUAGAAAAACACACAUACAUAUAUAAAAUCAAAGUAGGGUUUCCCCCCAAAAUUUGAUGCGUUUGUCUUUUUUCCCUUAAAAAGAAAGAAAAACUAACAUCCAGUGAAUGACUUUUAUACAAUAAACAGAAAGGGAAACAGAUUUUCUUGUUGUUGUUGUUCUGAAGUGUAAGAAAUAAAAUGUAACAGACGUUCAGACAUUUCAUGAAUUACCAACCAAAGAGACAUUCCAGAUCAUAAUGAAUACUGUACAUAGUGAAUUUAAAUUUGAUAAGAUUAAGGCCUUAGAUCGGGUUUGCCUGACAAACCCUCCUUGUGCAGACACAGCUUGUUCUGGCUCUCAGAAUGAAAUAAGUUACAGCGGGACAAAGACUUUUUGCUGGUAUAACUGCAUCUACAGUAGGGCUUUCCUGGCAUAGCUAUAUCAGUCAUGGGUAUGAUUUUUUCCACACCUAACCGACAUAACUAUUCCAGCAAAACUUUUAAGUGUAGUCUGGUCCAAUACUUACAAACAUGACAUUUACUACUUUUCGAUAUACCAAAUUGAAGUGUGCAUUAGUGAUUUAUGUACAAUGAUCUAUGGUGACAAUGACCAAAUUAUAAGCUAUUAAUAUAUUUUAAAGGAAUUAUAAAUAUUUUGAAGGAUAUUUUGAUGUGAAAUGUCAUUUGCUUUAUUAUGUUUUCAUUUUAAAAGAUGGAUGGAAGAUUUUAAUACUAUCAGAUAUAUACUCUUUGCUUGAGAACACAUUUUGAAGUUCCUUUUUAUCCUGAAAUAGAAUGUAAUUGUUUAAACAAAAACAAGUUUUUGAUGCACUGGCUAGAAAAGCGAUUUUUAGUAGAAUAUUAUUAUAUUUAGUCAUUUGGUAUAAAGUGCACUAAUUGUUCCUAGACAAUAAGAAGUUUCCAAAUAAAUUUCUUUUUCACUCAGCUAA